AUGGAUACGAUUUUUCAUGCUAAUUUACCAUUUGAUAUAGAUUCGUGCCAAAAACUUGUAGUUAGAGUAUGUUAUGAAGAUAGCGAAGCUUCAAGCAAUUGGUUAUCAUUUGAAGUAUGGCUUCGUCGGAUUCCCAAUUCCACUCUUUGGGUAUCUGAUUCUGUGCGCAUUCCAGUAAACCUAGAUAUUGAAUAUGAAUAUUGUCAAUUUGUAUCAGAAUCAGAAUUUGGUUAUUCUCCCAAUAUAAAAACAAACCGUCGUGGAAAUCUUUACGAUAGACUCAACAUAUUUAAAAGAAAUCACACUUCAAAUGAAAAAGACUAUACAUUUGUUGAUUACAUUUACAUGUCUAUCAAAUCUCCUGACGAUUUGAAAAGUGGAAUCAUGGAUUAUAAGUACAUAUUAAAGAAAUACAGUACAGAAUAUACAAAAAUUACCGAUUUCAUUACCCAGUGUUUAGAAACGAGCAGAACAAAAGAACAAACAUUAUUUUUGUGUGUUCUUCUUGGUUGUUACAUAGACAAACCAAGCUUUUGGUUUUGUAAAGCUAGUCUUCCUGAUGGAUUUCCAUCCCACAUCAUGAUAGAAGAAUUUAAAAACGUCUGUGAUAAUUCUAGCCCCAUGCCUUCAGAUGCAAAACUUGUGGUAAAGGCCAUUAAUGCUUUGGUCCAAUAUAAUUCUAAACACCGUUUACCAAAUUGGAUCACAAUGUUUGCACUUGCACCUAAGUUUGAUGCGUCAUACUCAUUUAUUGAUUCAAUAGAAGUGUAUGACUAUAAAGAGACACCCGAACACUUCAUAAAAUUGGUGAAAGAAGUAAAGCUAAACAUUAAUGGUCUCAAGAAUGCUAAUGAAUUGAAUACAAUUAUAGAUAUGCUUACUAAAGUGUCGUAUGAUGCGAAAUGCCUUGUACUUUUGUGGGAACACUUUAAAGAAUUGGAGAAUGACAGUAAUUUUCUGAGUAAAAUUCGUAGUAAUUUUCCGAGUAAAAUUCGUAGUAAACUUUGGGAAUUGAUCAAGAGAAAAGAAUCAGAUUGGAAUGAUGAGAACAUUGACUCACUCCAUAAACUUCUUAAAGAUUCUGGUUUGAAAUGGCAACAUAAAGAUUAUGCUAACAUACUCGAAUCAAUCGUUGGGUCUGAUCAAGUAAAUGUAUUGGAAUCUUUUCCUGAAAUUUUUGAAUAUAUCUCAGGUUUAAAGUUAUAUGCAAUUAAAAGAAAACUCGAACAAGAGUCAAAAAAAUGGUUUUUAAAGAUAUAUAACCAAAAAAAACCGGUUUCAAAAGUUCAAGAAAGUUCGGCUUACAACGUCUUCUGUCAUCUUUCAACGAUGUAUUCUACUUCGAUAUUUGGUGGUCGAGAAAUUUUAAAAAAUUUGAUGAAUCGUGACAUUAAUAGGUUAUUGUCCGAUGAAUCUGUAUUCGCCAUUACAUCACAUGUCGAUGUAUUUCAUCAAGAUAUAAUAACUUAUGUUAUAUCUUUGGUGAAGGAAAGACUUAGGCCUCUUGUUCAAGAUCCUGAUGAGCGCCUUUUGGAAAAGAUUAUGCAAAUUUGUGAUAGCAAAUCGAAUUUGAAUGUUCGAAGUUGUUCUUGUGAAGAAAUUUUAUGUUUUAUACUUAGUCACUUACAACAGGCGAAAAACAGUAAAUUUCCUGACACAGACUCCACAGAGUCUUUUCAACUUUCAUUGUUUCAAUUUGCGAAAUUUUGGACAACCAUAUUUAGGGCAGAAGGUCACACACAAAAGCUGCGUUCUCAUUCAUAUUUUAAAGAAGUACAUGAAAUAGUGAUUCGUAUAGCCACGAACAUUAAAAAUAAUACCAUCACAAUAAGAUUAUUUCAAAAAAUAUUUAUUUCCUUCGUUAAUAACGACAAAAUUCUCAAGGAUUAUAUUAAUUCCGCCAUAGAAAAUUGUCCAGAACACGUUGUAAUUACAGAUGAAGAUAUAGAAAAAAGUCGCAAUCAGUGUCAUAAAUAUAAUUUAACUCUGGAACGUCUCCAAAAAUUUUAUGAGCGAUUCUGCCCUUCUCAAUUAGUAUCAGACGUGCAACUAUAUUUUAAUGAUUUAUCAGAAAGAUCAAUUGAUAUCACACUCAAGGAAUCGUACACCGAAGUUCACUGGUCAAUGCAUUCUGUGUCUAUUGAAAUUAUGAAAGAUUAUUAUGACCUUGUUAGCUCACAAACCUUCUACAACGUCUUUCAAAUUUUGUUGGAGCAAAAGUCAGCAAUUGAAAUUAUGGGAAAUCCUCAUUAUUAUAUUAGUAAACGAAUCAUUCAGACCUUGGUGGGGCAGAAGUUAACAGUUAGACAGUUAAUAAACAGAAUUAUUAGGAAGGCCAUUACAAAUUAUAAGAUUAUAUGCGAAGCGUAUGAUAAAUGGGAAGAAGUUAAAUGCGCUGUUGCAGAUGAAUUCUGGAAAAAUGUCAAUGAGGAGCACGUUGAUGAUGAAAUUAAUGUUAUGAUACCUUAUUUUUAUAAGCUCAAGUCGAAUAGCAAUCCUGAUAACGUAUCAGGAACAACAACAUACAAUGCUCAGGGAUUGAUCAGUUCGGUGAAACUUUUAGUUAAUAUCUCAUCAACACUGGAAAGACUACGUCAACUUGUGAUCGUGAUUAAAAGAUUAGAUAUUAUUCCACAUGAUCAAGAUUUUUGGGUUGAAGAACUAAUAAAUAAGUUAGAAGAUAAGGAAUUACUACUUGGCCAGCUAUGCGAAAUUUUUGAUCGACUUAAUGAAAUUGAAAAAAUGAUAAAUUAUGAUUGGUCGACAAUUAAAGAAAUCUCUUCCACUAUAGAUUUUGUUGUUUUUCUUAAAUCACUCGUAGGACAUGAUCUUAAACAUUUAAUUAAUGGCGUAGAUGAUCAUUCAGACGAGCGCUUGAUCAAAGAAAAUAUUGUCCAAAAAUUUAUUCAAGUAAAACAGAUCUUGGAGCCUUUAAUAGAGGAAAGAAACAAUGAGCAUUCCGCGGUGCAAGAAUUCUUGCAAAUUCUACUUAAUAUCGUAAACAUGAAUCCAUCUCUGAUUUCUGCACUAAGACUGUGUAAUGCAAAUGCCCAAGCAUUAAAGAUUAUAUACAGAAAUAUUUCGAAUCGUGGUGAAAUGACAAAAGAAAAGAUUUUUUAUUCAGUGACAAAAGGAGUAUAUUUAUUUAAGAGAAUGGAAGAUGAUGAGAGUAAAUAUACAGCAACGUUAUCGUAUUCUUCUGACAUUUUACGAGACAGUAUUGCAAAUUAUACCUUUGAUGACCUUCAGUCUUUACGUAGUCGUGCCUUAUUAAUCAUCAACACAAAGGCUUUUACUAACGAGAAAACUUCGGAUGAUAAAAGUGUUAAAACUAACGAAAUCACAUCAGCUCACAUGAAUGAAUUUGUCAUCAGAGUUGAUCUCGCACAAGAAAUAAUUGAUGUUGCUUCAUCGCUAAAAGAACUUGGGCAUUUUAAAUACCGUGAUUUUCAAACAUCUACACAUACUACUCAAGAUAUGGAAAUCUUGUUAAAGAUUUUGCUUGAUGAUUUACAAAACUGGGAAACAAAUUUUAAUAAAGCACAGCAAAACCACUAUUAUUUGACCUUUUUUUUAGGUCAACAUAUUUUAAAUUUUUAUGAUUAUUUUUCAUGCAAUGAAAAUAUUGCAACUACUCGGUCUAAUAUCAAGGAAAGAUGUUCGAUGCUCUUGAGAUAUGUCAAUGGUAAAGCAAAAUUACCAAACAUCGACUCUGAUAUCCUUAAAAUCUCUCUUGAAUCUAAAAAUUAUUAUGCUAUACUUUGUAAGAUUGAUACCAUAUUACAUGAAAUAUUCAGUCAAAUCCAUAUCAUGCAACGCCAAAUGACGGCUAUUGUUGAACAUGACACAGCCUAUAUGGUUCAUCGAGGGAAUCUUUUUGUCGCGAAGUGUAAUGAUAAAUUUCGAUAUCAAUUGGUAUCAAACUUACGUUCUUUAUGUCAACGAGAAAAACAAUUUUACCUAGCCUUGAUUUGCUGUCUCGAAAAUAGUAUACAUCAUCAUAUACUCGAUCAAUUUUCAGAAAAUAUACACGCGAUCCAAGGUUUUGAUGCAAAUUACAUGCACAAUAUUUACAAAGAAUUGUGUCCUAAUGUAUUGGUAGUUUCUUCUGAUUUAUCUGGACAAGGAAAGACUAAAUGGAUUGAAGAGCAAAAUCUCAUUCGUGGGUCGACCCCCCGAAAAUUUUUAAUAAGUGAUGGAAUGACAGUUGGAAUGAUCAUACGUACUUUAUCAGAAAUCAGAUUAAAAAGUGACGAAAUUUUACAUUUAAAUAUCAUGCUAAUAGACAAUCAUUAUGAUUUAAACAUGUUUCUAUUCGAAUUGCUUUCAUUUAAAUUUGUAAUGGAUAAACCUGAUUUCUUAAGCAUCCCAUCGACAUUAAUGUAUAUAGAGGUAGAAUCGACCAUAAACCAAGACUUACUUAACACUAUACCCAUUAUCGGACAUUUGGAAAAAAGACAUCUGGCAUGGAAUAUUGACAAUAUAAUUAUUCCUCAAGAUGUGAACAGUUCUAUUCAAAUUGUUGCAAGAUAUUUAGAUGCGCAUGAUCUUGAUACAAUCAAUAAAGUUGACAUUGACCUUGAUGAUAAAAAACAGCUGAUUCCUGAGACACGCUGCCGACAACUGUUGCAGAAGUAUUUCUUUGAUAAUAUUACUCAAGAUAUCAUGACUUAUCGUUUUCUUGAAAUAUUUGUCAAUAUUCUUGCGGAUCAACUAAAGCGAAUGUCGUCCAGUACAUUUUUUCGUGUAGAUACAUUAGAGUGGAUUGCAGGAAACAGAACUACUUUACUUGUAUCUCUUUUGUCGAGUUUCAGGAGGAAUGAUAUCAAAAACAUCCGAAAGACGUUACUAGAAACGUUGAUAGAAGUAUCUAUGGAUAUUGCAACUCGUUCGGUGAAUUCCAAAAAGGAUCAGGUUAAAAAUCUAUCCAAUGAAAAGUACGAGGACUUGGUCAUCACAACCAUCAAACCUUGGGAGGAUUCAAAUCAUUUACUAGUAUUUUUCUUAUCACAAUCACCUGAUUCGAUUUGUGCGCUUUAUCGCGACAGAAAUAAAGUUCCAAAAAAUGUCAAAGAUUUAUUGCAAAGUCAACACUUUCCUGCAACAUCAAAUUUCGAAUUAGAUAGUUAUGAUAAUAUGUCUCCUGAAGAUAUCUUGAAGAUAUUGGAGUCUUUGGCACGAACAACACACGAAAGGCGUGAAUAUGCACAAAAUUCAUAUGUACUUUCUGCGGAUAAUCUUUUGAAAAUGGCAUUGAUUUUAUUGCGAUCAAGGGCAAAUGUGCCAGUAGUAAUUUGCGGUGAAGCAGGAUGCGGCAAGACGAGUCUCAUUCAGUUCCUUUCAGAUGUUGUCAAUGUUGAAUUUCGAAUCCUAAACCUGCAUGCUGGCGUAACUAAGCAACAAAUACUCAGCUUUUUAUUUGAGGCAGAAAUGCUUGCAGAGAAAAGUGAAAUAUGGCUGUUUUUUGAUGAAAUUAAUACAUGCAACCAUAUUGGCAUUCUCGCGGAUCUCAUCGCUCAUCGGUUACUUCUAGGAAAAAAAAUUCAUAGCAAUAUCAGACUUUUCGCAGCAUGUAAUCCUUAUCGUUUUCGUCAAAAAGCUGAUACACAAGCAGGACUUCGGAUAGAUAGAUAUGAAGAAAAGAGCCAUCUUGCCUAUCAAGUAAGACCGCUUCCUGAUCAGAUAUUAGACUAUGUUUGGGAUUAUGGUAUUUUAAAGCCUUCGGAUGAAAAGAUCUAUAUAAAUAUGUUGGUCAAAAAAUCUCAGGAAGGUUCGCUAAAAGCAGACUUAUUCACAGAACUUUUAACUGCGUCUCAAGAAUUUAUAAGAGAUCAUGAAGGAGUGCAUAGUGUUAGCUUGCGUGAUGUGAAAAGAGCAAUAAUCAUAUUUGAAUUUUGUUUCAAAAGUCUUAACGAGCGUCAAAAAAUAUCAGAAGAACAGAACGAUCUCAAACCUCAAAUUUUUUGCUUACGUAAUCGAUAUCGGGAUAAAAUGUGUGAAAUUUUUAAGAAAAUUGAAUGUGAGGUAGAAAUAAAUUCUGAAAUUUUUAUGAAGAUAGUCCAUGAAGAACAAAAAGAUUUUAUGAAACGUAUGACGAAACCGAAUAUGGUUGCUGAGAACUUUGCUCUCCUUGAGAAUGUACUUGUGAUUACUGUAUGCAUAUUAACUCGUAUUCCAUUAUUUAUCGUUGGUGCCCCUGGUGCGUCAAAAUCUCUGGCCGUUCGUCUAGUUAGUCAAAGUCUCCGUGGUAAAGAUUCUGAUGAUCCCUAUUUCAGAACUCUUCCUCAAGUAUAUUUAUUCCCUCAUCAAGGAUCAUCAUCUUCAACAUCAGACGGAAUUAUUAAAGUAUUUGAUAAAGCAAAGAAUUAUCAGAAAGGAAACUCGGAGGAGUUUCCAUUAAUCACUGUUGUUUUACUUGAUGAAAUCGGAUUAGCUGAAAAAAGUCCUCAUAAUCCAUUAAAAGUUUUACACUCUUUACUCGAACCAAAUUUUCCUGCAGGAUGUCCUGAAGUUGCUAUUAUUGGAAUAAGUAAUUGGAGACUUGAUAAUUCCAAGUCAAGCAGGGCUUUACUAGUACAAAGACCCAACCUUGAAAGAGAGGAUCUUAUUUACACAACAAAACUUUUACUGGGAAAGAGCACGGAAUCUCAAUUUAAGGCUUUAGCAGAAUCUUAUCUUGAAUAUAAAAGGGUUCAAUCUGUUAAUAACUUUCAUGGACUUCGAGAUUAUUAUUCAUUGGUUAAAAGCCUUGGUGGUGGUGAGCUUGCACCAAUAGCAUUAGCAAGAAACUUCGGUGGAACUAAUCAAAUUAAUGAGCUUUAUGAGACUCACUUUAAGAAAGUUAUAACAGCAUUUAAUUGUUCUGUUGAUGGUUUAAAUAAUUAUUCAAUUGAAGAUCUUAUUAAAGCCAACUUGAAAGAUAAAAAUGCGCGUCAUUUAAUGAUUAUUGGAAAAAGCAGUUCAAUUGUAGACAUCUUGACAUAUAAAUUAAAACAAUGGAAUAAAGAAUUUGUAGAUGAAGUUUCUAAAUCUGACGAUGAUUAUUUUGACUUGGAACCUGUUGUUAUUUAUGGUAGUCAAUUUCCUGACGAUUUUGAUGGCGAUUACCAGUAUAGUGUAUUAAGCCGUAUUAUGAUGUGUGUGGAAGCGGGAAUACCUUUAAUUUUGACAGAUCUUAAUACAAUAUAUGGAAGCCUUUAUGAUUUAUGGAAUCAAAAUUAUAUAGCUGUAGGAAAAGAAGGGGAUCAACCGUUUUAUACACGUGUUGCGUUAGGAGCUUAUUCGAAUCCUAUGGUCUGCGUUCAUAAAAAUUUUCGUUGUAUAUUAGUUCUUGACGAAAAGGACGUGAAUUACUCUGACCCACCAUUAUUAAAUCGAUUUGAAAAACAAAAAAUGGCUAUCAACGAGAUGAUAAUAGAUAAUGUCAUGAAAAGACUGUUAAAUGAACUUGCAAAAUGGUCGGAACAAAUAUCAACACUUUUAAAUUUAGAAGGUGAUACUACAAAUUUUAACGAGAAUGACAUUUUUAUUGGAUUUGAUAAGGAAGAAACAUUGCAAAGUUUAGUGAUUUGCAAUAGCAAUGAUUCAGAAUUAGAUUAUGCGAACAUUUUACGCAAGUGCAAAGAACAAUUGAUAGGUAUCGCCUUGCCGGAUGGAAUUGUACGCACAAAAAAUGCAAUGUUAAGUAGUGAAGAUAUAGAAUAUUGGCAUAAGGUUUACUUUCAACAAUAUCAUGAAGAUUUCCCUGGUUAUAUUAGAUCAUUGUUGAAAGAUGCUAAAAAAGCACAAGGUUUUAAUACAAUUGUUUACACAUUCUCGAAUAUUAACACGGAUAUUAAAUCUUGUUUGAAUAAUAUUCUAAAAUGUCAGGUUGAUAAACUCUCAACAUUUAAGAGUGAGGCUCAGUUUCGUUCCCGUGUUAAACAUUUCUGGUUAGAAUCUGAAGAUAACAUUCUAAUUUUACAAUGUGAUCUGGAUACAGCAAAUUCAGAAUGCAUUAAACUUGCAAAAUUCAUUAUAGAACAAUAUAAAAUUGAAUUUGUGAAAAGCAGAUACACUGUCAUGCAUAUUAAGCAUGUUUGUAUAAUUCUUCAUUUGAGAAAAGAAAAUACGACCUUUACAAUAUCACCAUUUAAUUUCAUGUGUGGAUGGGAUUUAUUUGCUAUAGAAACUUUAAUUCCCCAAGAAAAUUCACUUCUAGCUUAUUUAGAUGAGGAUUUGAUAACUGUUCUGGAAAUGACAUAUACAUUCGAAAAAGUUAUUGAUCAUGAGUUGUUAUGGUGUUUGCUUUGCAUAGAAUUUCCACCAUCUUACGAAUCAGCAGAUUAUAUUAGAACAUUUGAAUGGCUACAUGAUAACGAUAAACAAUUUAAAAAUUGGCAAUUAGAAGUCGCAGUAAACAAAAGAGAUUUAUAUCUAUAUUCAUCGUUUUCAAUCGCUUUACAAAUGUAUAUUCGUCAUCAGGUUAGAAAACCUGUAGCUCAACUCUUAUUUGCUUUAGAAAAAUUAUCAGGUCUUUUAAUCCUUGAUAGUGACAAUUUGUUUAAUGAAAAAAACAAGAGUGAUAAUGAGAAUUGUAAUGAAGAUAAUAGUUCUAAUUUAUUCGCUUUUUGGGAACCAAUUUUGAUGAAUACCAAGAUAGUUAACACCAAGAAUCUAAAGAUGCCUUAUAAGAUAAAGAACGAGUUUCCUGGUUUGAAACUUCCAUUUUCAAGAUAUUUUAUGGAACAGAUUAAUAAAUUUAAAAACAUAUAUCAGGAUGAUUUAAUGGCGUUACAGAGAAUCCCAGACAACAUUGAUGAAGAAACUGGUAAUAUCAAAUUACAUAUUAUUGAUGAUUGUAUUCAAAGAUUUUCUGAACACAUUAUUUCCGUGGUUCCUGUUCUAAAAUUACCACAAUUUAAAUUGCAAAAUGCGUAUUUUAAUGAUUUUGUGACUUUUAACUCGUAUGGAAAAACCGAUAAUAGUCAAAUAUUACGCCAAGUUAUAUCUUUUCAUAUGAAGCAAGAAGUACCAGAUCCUGUAAGGCUUCAUAUAUUUUGGUGGGACAAUGAAGAUUUAAUAUUAACUGAGUUGCAACUGGUCUUAUCAUUCCCAAGUAUUGUGGAAGAAAUCCUUAAUACCAAGCUUGAUGAAAACAGAGGAUUUAAUCUCGAGAAUUAUUUAUUAAACCGAGAAUCAGAUAUUAUGGUUAAUAAACUUUAUGAUAUUAUUGGCAAUAAUUGUAAGAAAAACAUCAAUGAACAUAAUUUGGAUGAAAAAAAGAAUGAAAGCAAUAAAGAGAAAAAUAGAUCUGGAAAACAUUCUAACGACAAUGAUGAGGAUGAUUCAACUAAACUUCAACAUUGGCAACGUGAUAUUGCAAAUCUUUUGCCAAUCUUUUAUAACUUACCAAAUUCACUUGAUAAUCCAUCAUUAAAUAUGCUUCGAGUAUACUAUGAUUUGUCUAAGUCAAUUCAUUUAGCACAACUGCUUCAAAUUAGACAAUAUAUAACCGACCCAUUUUCAAAACAAUCCAUUGACAUUGUUUUUGAAAUGUUCGAUCAAACAGAGGAAGCAGAAAUUAAUUUAUACUCAAGACGCUCUUUUAUUUCUAGAUGUUUGAAUGCAAUUUCGCUUGGGUCACCUGUCCGUUCUCAUCUUUAUAGAAAGAUAUUUUCCCAAAAACCUUUAACAUUUACAUUUCACACUAUUUACUUAAUUUUUGAAUCCGAAAAUAGGGCGCAAAAAGAAUCAUUGUUUUUUGAUCUUAUUAAUAGUUCAGAAGCGUUAAAAAAUACAAAGCGGCUUCAAGUUAUUGAAAAUGUCUUGUCUAAGCAAAAGGGUUCGGAAAUUGCAGCAUUAUGUUGUGAUGUCAUUCAGAUACAACUCUCAGCAAAAUAUCAAUUCAAAGAGCUGUCUGAAUACUUUCUAAAAGCAAUAGAUAUUUUGAUUAGCAACUCCAAAGCAUUACAGAAAAUUAUUGCAAUUGCUCUUUUGAAAGUAUUUGCAAACGAAUUUUGGAGUUGUACAGAAUCUAUUAAAAAUUUUUUGACCACUCCUAUAAAAUUCAAAUUUGCAAAUGACAAUAUUAAUAUUGAUGAUUUGAAUAAGCAUUUAAGAAUAGCACAUCCUUUGAUUUAUUCAUUCACAAUGUAUUUGCUCAAUUCAUUAUAUUUGAAAGGACUAACAACUUAUGAACUUAAACAAUUCUGUGAUGCACAACAAAAGACUCUACCGUGGGUCGGAAUUUUAAAAACAAAUUGUGAUAGUCGCCUUGGAUUUAACCCUUAUUGGUGCUUUGAACAAUUUAAGCAGAUUGAUAUUUUAUUUAAAACAAUUUCUGCUCGCAGCGAUGAAUCAUCAGUAAAUGAUAUACUUAAUAUGAUUACUAAAAACGAUGAUAUAAUUCAAAAGAUUUCAUUAGUCGGAGUAAUAGUAUCAAAAUUUUAUCUUAUUAGAGCAUCACGUGAAUUAAAUCCAGAUGAAAAUAUUUUAAUAGAAAAGAUUUCUAAGUGCUUACGAUCAGCUCAACUCCCGGAGAGUUAUAAAAUACAUCUUUUAAAUUUUAUGGCAAAUGAGCAUCAAUUAUACAAUCUAAGUCCAAAUGUUAAUAAUUCUGACGUGUUUAUUUCUUCAGUCGUUGCACAUGUUGUGGCAUUGCAUAUUUCAAGUGCUGUUGAUACUUCUCCUUUAACUGCAUAUAUGCAAACAUUAUAUGAUUACAAAGAUACUUAUAUAUUGACUUGUCCAUCAGAUGAAAUGGCCUUAGUAACAAAUGUCAUAAUCAAAAAUGAUUCUGGAACAAGAAGAUAUCAAUGUGAAUGUGGAAAUGUUUACUUUAUUGGCGACUGUGGAAAUCCAUUUCAAAUUGGUGAAUGUAAUCAAUGUAAAAACAAGAUUGGUGGUUCAUUUCAUAUAUUACGAGACAGGAAUAACAGUAUAGAUAAAUAUAAAAUAAAACAACCUAUUGCUGUAAAUGAUAAACAAGGCUACAUUAUUGAAGAUAUAUUUGAUACGUAUCAUAGUGUUAGAACUUUGCAGCCGGCUUCUUAUAGAAUUCUUCAUUUGUUCUUACAUAUAAUUAUUGGUGUCCAGGCAUAUUUACCAACUACUGCUGCUUUUAUUAAUAAUCAGGAUUGCAAUAUUGCUCAAUACUGCAAGAAACACAUUGAAAAUGACUGGGAGGCAUUAAAAAGCAUCUUUAACUGCGAAAAUGAAACUUUGGCAUUAUUUAUUCAUGCUACACUUUUAGACAUGACACAAGAAUCUUCGCAAAAUGUAGAAAAGUUUACAUUACCAGCCCAAAGAGAUAACUGGGAAAAAUAUUUCAGUCAACGAUAUGUUUUACCAAGCAUCAAAAAUUUUGUAGGAACUGUAAAUAAUUUUCGAAUAAAAUUGGAUGAGAAUACAAAAAAUUCACUUGAAAUUAAUGAGACUAUGAAAAUCACUGAUCAGUACAAUGAGAAAUAUUUACCUCUAUUAUGGCGAUUAAUCACAAAACCAAAUUUGGACAAUUUUAGAUCUUACUAUAUGUCUGAUACUAAAAAUAAAGAAUUAUUCCCACUAUUAAACAUAUUCUUGAAGCAUGAAAAAUAUUUGAAUCUAAUUCAGCAUCUUUUACCAAUUGUAAAAUUUAUACAAAUACUGUCUUCAAGUCUUUCCUACAAUAUUGAUAGACAGAAGGCACGUCAAUUAACUUUUCAGCAAUUUAUAGAAAAUGAAAGUGAAGAUGACAAUACUGGAAAAAUUAAAGAGUUUUUAAAUGCAGCAUUUAAUAACUUUGCAAAUUCGUGGAACUGUUUAAUUCCACAUAUCAAACGAUAUCGAUGUGAAAACUUAUCACAGCAAAUGCCUAAAAUGCAUAAUAAAAUUCCAAUAGUUUAUGGAUUAUAUGUACAUGAACCAACUGAUGAAUCUUCAUAUAUAUGCGCAACAAUAGAAUUCUUGGUUCAAUCGCAAAACAAUUUUCUACACGAUAUUAUAGAAAUUCCUUCUAGAGCUUGCCAAUCACUGAAAUUUGCUGAAAAACCAGAUGCACAAACAAACGAACAAGAAUAUCAUUUACCAUCUGUUUAUCUUGAGGAUGCAAAGUCGGAACAAAUAAUUAAUUAUGAUAUUUGUGAAAUCUUUUUAUAUUGUCAACAUGAUCUUAGACUAGGGCAUGGGCGAGAAAUUUAUUAUGACCUAUUCAAAAUCGAAGCGGAAUUAGCUAUAAAAUUGGUUUAUGGAAAGAAGUUGAUUGAAACUAAUAAAGAUCAAAUAUAUUUAAAUGCAUUUAUGUAUCAUAAAGAAUUAUUUAGUAGGUCUGUGACAAUAUUAAAAGAAAUUAAAGCUUUAGUGCAUCAGGAGCCAAUUCCCGUUAACAAUAAACCAGAAAUAUUAACAAACCAAAUGGAAUUACUUUCAAUUCUAGAAAUAGUUAUUUGCUUUUUAAAGCAAGCAUCUGGAGGAGAUUGUGAUACUUUGAUUAGCGAUUAUAUAGCAAAGUGGAUGAAACUAAGCGUGAUCAAAAAAAAUUUUAGUUAUGAAUUUUUAAUAAAAACAGGAUUGCAACUUAAACAUAUUGUGGAAUUGUAUGAAUUAGUUGAAGAGCAUGUGGCAGAUAUAAUUGUUAAUUGUAUACCUUUGAAAUAUCAAGCUAAAUUAAAUGAAUCUUUAAAGCAAGUUAUUAUAGAAACAAUAGAUUUCAAAACAAAAAUUUCGCCAGGAUCUACAAAAAUUCCUGCAAAGGCAUUUAUGACUGCUUUGAAAAGAUUUAUCAUAAGAUAUUUAUUAAAUAAUAGUGAAGCCAUCCAAGAAAACUUUUCUCUUUCUUUAUAUCUUGGAGAUGAUGAUUUUUUAGGAUGUUGGCCUAAUUACGUUUCUAUGGAUAUUAUACAAACUAAAUUUCCAACUACUUUAUUAACUUCUCAUAUAUAUAAUAUCUAUCAGUUGUUGAAGAGAAAAAUAUUCCAAGAUCAAAAAAAUCAAACAAUAAAUGAUUAA